AUGUUUAGGCGUGUGAAGCAAAACAACACCCGGCAGCUGUGCCUGCCAGACUUCCCUGCUCCCUCGGACCUCUACUGCAAGUACCUGGACUUGGUCACGUUCAUCAUACUGUACGUGGUGCCCCUGCUGGUGAUCACCGUCACCUACACCAUAGUGCGAAAGAGGCUGUGGUGGCACAAUGACGUCGAGGAUGACACCUGCGAAAUGUGGCGCCACGAGCAGAAGUCCGUGAAGGCGCUCAUGCUGGUGGUGCUGGUGUUUGCCGUCUGCUGGUUCCCCCUCAACUGCUUCUUGGUCCUCUCCUCCAGCAAGGUCAUAAGUGUCAACAACACCCUCUACUCUGCCUUCCACUGGCUUGCCAUGAGCAGCACCUGCUACAACCCUUUCAUCUACUGCUGGCUCAACAACAAGUUCCGCACCGGGUUCAAGUCCCUGCUCCAGAUCUGCGCCUGGGAGAGGGACCCUGGCCAGGUCGCCCUUCCCGUUGUGUCCCUGGAGAAAGGGAGAAGGAUGGCAUGGCCCGAGGUUAAAGGAAGGAGGAUGUCUAACGUGGAUCUGGGCAGACCUCACCCAUCCACCUCCAGAAUGAUGUCCGAGGUCCACGGUUUGGGCAUCGAAAUGGGGAGGAUUGGAGGAAGUACCUCAGCUGAAACAGAGUAACUGCCUUGUAGUCCAGCGUUCCAGACGUUUUUGCCGGCGUUGAUGUUGCUGAGCUUCACUUGUAUCGGUGCGCUAGGAUUUCUGAAAAGCAUGUUGUUUGAUUAUGUGGAUUUGUGAUGAAGUAGAAAACUAAUGUGUGAACCUUGUCUGGGUAGAAAGAUAAAUGUUGUAAACAUUACAGCUCUACAUAGUCUCUCUCUUUGUGUGCUUCAUUGAUUUAUUGUAUUUUACUUAGAAGAAAGGAGACACAGUCUUAAAAUUGCCCUCCUUUCUUUGUGUAUUACUGAAAGACCAUGGUGUGUUCAUGUUUUAACUGUAUGACUUGCUUGGCAAUUUAAGUAUCAUAAGACUACUAGUAUUUUAAGAUUAGUUUAAAAUUACUGUUGUACCACUGUCUCUCUGAUUGCUUUGUUUUGCUGCUGGUUUACUGAAUACAUCUUUAUUCAUUUUAAAAGUAGCUACUCUGUGAUUCCACUAUAUUUUAUGUACUAUUUCAGGUGUUAUGCUACUAUCAUGUAUUGUGUACUUCCCACUGUAUUUGAUGUAUUAUGCAUUGUGUUUUACUGUAUGUCAUGUUUUAUGCUUUUCUCUGUAUUUGAAGUUUAUGGAUUUUCUU